AUGGCUGGCAGAUCUGGCCGUCUUUGCAUGCGCAUGCCGUACACAUCAGAUCAGGCUGCGAUGCUCUCACCCAUGCUCGACAUGGUGAGGCUGUCGCGAGAUGAACUCAGCCAAAUUUACACAAACCGUAACUCUCAAGAACCCCCUAAGGACACAUCCCAACAUGGCGGCGGCGGCGGCGACUCCCUCCCCAAGAAGAUGCUCGAAUCCGCCGCGACAUCCUUCGCCUCCAUCCUCGUCCUGGCCGCCGGCUUCGCCAUCGCCGGCUACGCCUACCACAAGACCUACAAGCGCAUCGUCCUCAAAAAGAUGACGCGCGCCUUCACCCCGGGCGACCCCGUCCUCGAGCUCGCCGCCAUCGGCAAGGAGGUGCCCCAGUCCGCCGCCGAGGCCGACGACCGCUGGGUCCAGCGCCCCGAGCAGGCCCGCAUCGACAAGAUCGUCGACGGCUCCGAGGUCGGCCACUACUUCCUCAUCCUCGGCGAGAAGGGCACCGGCAAGAGCAGCAUGCUCAUCGAGGCCAUGCGCAAGAUCGACGGCGACGGCGUCGCCAUGUUCGAGGCCCACGCCGACCUCGAGAUCGUCCGCAUACGCCUCGGCAAGGCUCUCGACUUCGAGUUCCACGAGGACUACAUCGGCGGCUACUUCUCCGAGCGCGGGCCCCGCGACACCACCGCCCUCCUCGACAUCGAGCGCGCCCUCAACAAGCUCGAAAAGGUCGCCCUCAAGAACCGCGCCACGCGCAAGAAGCCCCUCGUCGUCAUCAUCAACCAGAUGCACCUCAUCCGCGACGACGAUGACGGCAAGGACCUCAUCGAGCUGCUCCAGCAGCGCGCCGAGCAGUGGGCCGCCUCCAACCUGGUGACGAUGGUCUUCAACACCGACGACUACUGGGUCUACGAGCGCCUCAAGCAGCUGGCCACCCGCAUGGAGGUCAUGUCGGUGCGCGACCUGCCCAAGCAGCAGGCCAUCAACGCCCUGUGGAAGUACCGCGUCAAGUACUUUGGCGAGCAGCUCGAGCAGAAGAAGCUCGAGGAGGUGUACGACCUCGUCGGCGGCCGCCUGUCCUUCCUCAACCGCGUUGCCAAGAGCAAGGACAUGAUUGCUACGUGCAAGUCCAUCUGCGCGGUCGAGAAGACGUGGUUCCUGAACCAGUGCUGGAUCCUCGGCGCCGAGAUGGACGACGAUGUCAUGGACCAGCAAAAGUGGGCUUCCGGCGCCAUGGUCCUAGCCCAAGCCCUCGUGGACGAGGAGGAAGAGAUGGACUCCCUCUACGACCCGGAGCGCGGCCACAUCAUGCCGUCGUUCCCCAUGCACAAGGCGCAGCAGAUCAUGACCCGCGCCGACUUCAUCCGCAACAUGGACCGCCUCAACCUCUUCUCCAUCGCCGCCGACGCGCAGGUCCGCGCCUCCUCCGUCCCGAUGCACCGCGCCUUCAAGGAGAUCUGCGCCGAGGAGGGCUUCCGCGACCACCUCGAGAAGACCAUCGUCCGCAUCGGCGACAUCGAGUCCCUCGGCCGCACUCGCGAGCUCGUCGCCAAGGACCUUGUCCUCGGCGGCAAGUACGAGAUCAAGCGUGACGGCAAGAACGGCGUCGUGGUCAAGCUCGUCGAGGGCGAGGACCGCGGCAUGUAUGUUUGA